AUGGAUACCAGGUUUGGAUGUCAGUUGCAUAAGUACAUUAAAUACUAUUCACAACACAUUUCUCUUCAGGCAAAGUACAAGCAUGCCAGAGGAGUUAGAAAGAAGCUCCUCACCUCUGCACACAAGUACAUGAUCGAUACCCUGGCAAACAGACUGUGUUUGGAUCCAACAGCAGUAGAGGAAUUUAUUUUAGAUUCUACAUCUCUGGCUGCUUUUGAUGAUUUCUUCGCUGAAGGAGGUUGUAAAAUAAUUAUCUUUGUGUAUCAACAGUGCAAAGUCCCAGGAAUAGAAUGUGGACGCACAUACCCUGGGACUACCAGAGGUGGAAAAGUAUUAAGGCUGUUUUUAGCCGAUUUGUCUAAGAUAUGCCUGACUGGUGUUUGCUGCUACUUCACAAGGACUAGAGUGGACGUUCCUGUGAAUUUAGAGAGCAUACACGAGGAGAUCUUCUUUUCAAUGGUUGAUGCCAGAGAUGGCCUCCUGAAAGGAAUAAGGAAUACCUUCAAUUUUGUGCUACCAGCUCUUGAAGCACAAAACUGGGGUGUCUUAGAAAAGACUAAGCAUGGGGAAAAACUUAUAAAGGACUACAAGUGCAAUAUAAAACACUGUCUUGACUCCUUAAUUGUUAUCCAGAAGCGCAAUGAGAGUGUUGUUCACCUGGAAACAGUAACAGAUAUUGACUUCUCGAAAUUGGCCUCCUUCGAUGACAUUAAAGAUGCAGCUACUGACAAUGACCUGGUGGAACGCCUGGAGGGAAUUUUAAGGCCAUGGUAUAAGCAAAUUGAGCAGAUACUGAUAGAAAGUGAUUCACAGAGCAAAGUAGCUGAUGCUGAAGGACCACUGGCUGAGUUGGAACACUGGAAAAAAAUGUCUAUAAAGUUCAACUCCAUCAUCAAUCACAUCAGAGGCCCUGAGUGUUGGCCAAUGGUACUCGUGCUCCAUCUCAGCGAUUCUGAGAUCAUUGAGAUGUGGCAGGAGAUGUAUGCCAAGAUAGCAGAGCGCACCAAUGAGGCAAAAGACAACGUUAAAUUCCUGAGCUCGCUGGAGACCGUCUGUCAACCUCUGUACCAUGCUGACCCGGUCGCCAUGAGGACAAACAUGCAGAAAAUCAUUGAUGCCAUUCAGAGGAUCUACAAUGAUUCCCUGUACUUCAAUACAGACGACAAGAUAUCUGAACUGUACUUGAAGGUCACACACCAGAUGGUUACAUCAUGCAGAUCAUAUAUUACUGAGAAUGGCAAACAUCAAAUAUGGGACCAAGAUACUGAAGACAUCCUCAGGAAAAUGCAGAACUGUAUCAGCCUGUAUCAAGAGUAUCAGUGUCGCUUCCAGAAAAUGAAGAAACAAACGAUGGAACAGCCUGGAAAGACUUCAUUUGACGUGUCAGAGACACUGAUUUUUGGCCACUUGCAGGGAUUUUGCAAGCAACUUGAAAAGAUUGUAGAAAUAAUUUCAGUGUUCAAGAAGUUUGAACCUCUGGCAAAAUCUAAUAUUGAGGGCAUCGAGAAUCUGGCCAGACAAUUCCACACUAUCUCCAUGAACCUGAAAGGGAAGCAAUAUGAUAUGUUGAGUCUAGAGUCAGCUGAAAAGUUCAUGACUCAAAUCAGCCACUUUGAGAACCAGCUACGAACAUUCAUGAGUUCCUGCUUCUCAAACAUCAUCUCAUCUCAGAAAUCUCUGUCCCUAGUACAGAGUUUUCAGAGGCUGAACAUUCCCUGUCUUGAAGAAGAAAUACCUAACGUCUUGGGCCUUAUUUUUGAAGUUUAUGCCCAUGAACUAGAGUUUGUGGAGAAGCACUAUGACAAUCUGAAAAAUGAUCCCCCAUUAGCUGUAAAUAUGCCUCCUGUGGCUGGAAGGAUUGCUUGGGUCAGGCACCUCUACAAAAAAAUAGCUGAUCCCAUUACAUACAUACAAAAGAGCUGUGACAUCCUGUGCAGCCCUGAGAGUCAAGAUGUGAUGAAAAUGUUCAAUCAAACCGCAGCUGUAUUAACAGAGUUUGAGGUUGUUCACCACAAAGCGUGGAUGAGUGAAGUGUCCAAUAAAGGUUCUGUCUUGAAUUGUAUGCUGCUGCUUCGUCACCCAAAGAAUGGAAAAUUCCUGAUCGGUUUAGAUCCGAAAGUAACCGAGAUCAUUCGUGAGGCCAAGUGUUUGUUGGAGAUGCAUCUUGAGGUUCCAAAAAGAGGAUUGGAUUUGGUUAAUUUGGAAAGCCAAUUAAAUGCCACUCAUCUCCGACUACAGACCAUUUUGGCAGAUUACGAGGCAGUUUGUGAGUGCAUACCUGAACACCUCAUCAGCUUGAUGGCGUCAAAAAAAGAAAAUGUGGAAUCUGUGUUUCAACAUGGAUCAGACUUUCUCGCUUGGUCAAGUGAUCCCCCCUUAUUGGACAAGUUCUUUCAAAAGGCUGACAGGGCUUUGUUUGAGCUCCAACAUCUUGUAAACAAGGUGCAGGAAAUUUGUAAAAUCCACAUUGAUGAUGUCCUUAAAGACAUCUCAGAGGUCGUGGUGAUUGAACUCCCAGAAGAUCACGCAUCCUCACUGCAGUACCUAAUCAACAAUAACAAGCAUCUUUGUAAGGAGCAUAUAAAGACAUUGAACAGCAAAUGUAGUAGUGUUAAAGAAGCAGUAGGGAAGCUGAGACAUGUGCUGAGUGCUAUUGAACCAAAAGCCAUCAUGACUGAUGAGGAACCAGCUCCAGGAACGAGGGAUGCAACAUUGUCAGGAGAGGGCAAGAAGACCCCUGAUGAGGAGGAGGAGGGAACUACUCAAGAGUUUAAAACGCUUUAUGAAUACUUCUCUUCAAGAGUAUUAGAUGCACUGGUCAGUACUACCAAGUUAUCCCUUGACACCUUGAGUAGGAGAUUAUUCCACAAGCUAAACAGUAUGCUCUGUUACAGGGCAAAUACUCACAAGGAGUCCAAUUCUGUGUCUGAGAUGGCCCCACUAAUAAAAUCUAAAGUGCAACUGGUUUUAGCUAACGUGGUGAUGGUUCCUACUGUUGAUGAGCUCCAACAGGGCAUAAAUCAACUCAUUGAGUUGGUGUUGGAAGUAAGCAAAGGUGUUGUGUGGCAGUGGGAAUACACUGAUGAUUCCACCAAGAAAACAGAAAAAGAAAACUUCCAUCAAGAAGUUGUGGGAAACAUGGACAUCGAAAAGGUCGUGGACAGUCUGAAAUCCAAGCUAACCGCCCCGAAAAAACAAGAGACUGAUGUUCUGAAGCAGUUCAGUCCUUUUAGAGCGAUCUGGGAUGAGGACCGAAACCUCAAAAUCAAGGAAUUCAUGGACAGCAAUCCGUCUUUGACCCAGAUCCAAUCUGAAAUCCAGCACUACGACUCAAUUGAAAAAGAAAUUGAAGAUAUCAAGCCCAUCAAAGUUUUGGGGUGUACUGAAUUGUCAACAGAACCAUUGAAGAAGUCUUUGACAGCUGAGACCAAAGCUUGGAAGAAACUGUUGUGUAAAUACCUGAAGGAGAAGUACAAGAAGAAAAUGCUGGACACUAGAAUACAUAUGAAAAAAUACCUCAAACAACUCUUGCAUCCUGUGACUAAUCUGGAAGAUGUGCGCCGUGCCUAUGCAGCCUUGUCGGAGCUUCGGGAUUCUGAAAUACAAACAUAUAUGACAUUGAUUUCCAUUGAAGAAGCCUUUGAAAUUUUAAUUAAAUAUGAACCAGAGAUGACCAAAACGGAUGUGGAGGGCGUGUCCAACCUGAGAAAUUUCUUCAACGAGCUUUCAGCUAAAGCUAGAUCAUUGCGAGAUGAACUUGUCCGUACACAGCCCAAGUUCAAACAAAACCUUCUGGACUCUGUUGGUGAUUUCCAAAAUGAUGUUAGCAAUUAUAUUGAGCAGUAUGAUUUAGAAGGCCCCAUGGCUGAUGGAAUAGCUCCCCAAGAAGCCAGCCGCAGGCUUCAAAGCUUUAAGGCACAUUUUGAAGAUCUGUGGAAGAAUUUCAGCAUCUAUAACUCUGGAGAGCAGCUUCUUGGUUUGCCAGUAACAGAGUACGACUGUCUAGACAAGAAAAAAAAAGAGCUUGACCUACUACAGAAACUCUAUGGCCUGUAUGAUGCGGUGAUGGGCAAUAUUGGUGGGUACUACAGCAUUCUGUGGGUAAAUGUGGAUAUUGAGAAGAUCAACACAGAACUUUUGGAAUUUCAAAACAGAUGUCGAAAGCUACCUAAAGGUCUGAAGAGCUGGCAAGCCUUCCUUGACCUGAAGACCACCAUUGAUGACUUUAGUGAGUCAUGCCCUCUGCUUGAGAUGAUGGCGAGCAAAUCUAUGACGAGGAGACACUGGGACCGGAUCACCGACCUGACUGGGCACCAUUUUGAGGUGGAGUCCAAGAACUUUACGUUGCAGAACAUCAUGGAAGCACCUCUGUUGAAGUACAAGGACGACAUUGAGGACAUCUGCAUAACAGCUGUGAAGGAGAAGGAUAUCGAGGCAAAGUUAACACAAGUGAAAGAAGUGUGGUCUGGCCAGAUCCUGAGUUUAAAUACAUUUAAGGAUAGAGGAGAACUGUUGCUGAAAGGUGCAGAGACAGCAGAGAUCUUCACCAUCCUGGAGGAUAGUCUGAUGGUGCUGGGGUCACUGCUCAGCAACAGGUACAGUGCCUACUACAAAGCAGAGAUCCAGGAUUGGGUGUGCAAACUUUCAACAUCAUCUGAUGUCAUUGAACAGUGGAUUAUUGUGCAAAACCUUUGGCUCUAUUUGGAGGCUGUGUUUGUUGGGGGUGACAUCGCCAAAGACCUUCCACAGGAAGCCAAGCGUUUUCAAAACAUUGACAAGUCCUGGAUCACAGUCAUGCAGCGAGCCCAGAAAGUCCAUAAUGUGGUGGAGUGUUGUUCGGGUGACCCAAUCAUGGGACAGCUGCUGCCAGAUCUCCAGAAACAGCUGGAGUUUUGUCAAAAAUCUCUUUCAGGGUACCUUGAGAAAAAGAGGCUCCUGUUCCCACGGUUCUUCUUUGUGUCUGAUCCAUCCCUCUUGGAAAUACUUGGACAAGCCAGUGAUUCUCACACAAUCCAGUCACAUCUACUUGGAGUGUUUGACAAUGUCAAUGAAGUGGAGUUUCAUGCAACAGAGUAUGACAAGAUCCUGUCUGUCCUUUCACAAGAGGGAGAGAAGUUACCGCUGGACAGUCCUGUAAUAGCACAGGGACCAGUGGAGCUUUGGAUUGGGGAGCUGUUGUUACAGCAACAGGCUUCUUUACACACUGUGAUCAAAGCUUCAGAUCUAGAAAUCAACGAUGAAGACUUUGACCUCCUCUUUUUUCUUGACACAUUCCAAGCUCAGGUUGGCUUGUUGGGGAUCCAAAUGCUUUGGACCAGAGAUGCAGAGGAGGCACUACAGAAUGCUGAAGAUGCCAAGGAGAUCAUGCCUUACACCAAAAAGAAGUUCCUAAAUCUACUCACAACCCUAAUUAAACAAACGACCCAUGAUCUGAGCAAGUUUGACCGGGUCAAAUAUGAGACACUUGUCACAAUCCAUGUGCACCAAAGUGAUAUAUUUAAUGACCUAGUAAAAAAGCGUGUAAAAUCUAUCGGUGACUUUGAAUGGCUGAAGCAGAGCCGAUUUUACUUCAAGUACGACCUGGAUAAGGUCCUUGUGUCUAUAACUAAUGUCGACUUCAUGUAUCAAAACGAGUUCUUAGGCUGCACUGACCGUCUGGUCAUCACCCCCCUGACUGACAGAUGUUAUAUCACACUGUCCCAGGCUCUGGGCAUGAGCAUGGGUGGAGCCCCUGCAGGGCCAGCUGGCACUGGGAAAACAGAAACCACUAAAGACAUGGGUCGCUGCCUCGGCAAGUAUGUGGUUGUGUUCAACUGCUCUGACCAGAUGGACUUUAGAGGACUGGGAAGAAUCUACAAAGGUCUUGCACAGUCAGGGUCUUGGGGCUGCUUUGAUGAGUUCAACAGAAUCGACCUGCCAGUGCUUUCAGUAGCUGCUCAGCAGAUCUACAUUGUUCUGAUGGCACGCAAGAAACACAAAAGCACUUUCAUCUUUACUGAUGGAGACUGUGUGAAUCUGAAUCCAGAGUUUGGCCUGUUUAUUACCAUGAACCCUGGAUAUGCUGGUCGUCAGGAACUUCCUGAGAAUUUAAAAGUGCAGUUCAGAACCGUGUCUAUGAUGGUACCAGACAGGCAGAUCAUCAUGAGAGUAAAACUGGCCAGUUGUGGAUUCAAUGACAAUGUCAUUUUAGCCCAGAAGUUCUUUGUCCUUUAUAAACUGUGUGAAGAACAGCUUACAAAACAGGUCCACUAUGAUUUCGGCUUAAGGAACAUCCUCUCUGUGUUGAGAACACUGGGGGCCAGUAAGAGAGCACGGCCUGAUGACUCAGAGUCCAGCACUGUCAUGAGAGUGCUGCGUGACAUGAAUCUUUCUAAACUGGUUGAUGAGGAUGAGCCACUCUUCAAAAGUUUGAUCAAUGACCUGUUUCCUGGUAUCCAGCUGGAUGGUAGCACAUAUGUUGAACUUCAAGCUGCUGUUGACAAUCAAGUUAAGCUUGCCGGCCUUGUCAACCACCCACCAUGGAACCUCAAGCUGGUUCAGCUUUAUGAGACUUCACGAGUACGCCAUGGCCUGAUGACUUUGGGCCCGAGUGGAGCGGGGAAGACAACGGUCAUCAACACUCUGAUGAAAGCUAUGUCUGAGUGCGUGAGCCCACAUAGGGAGAUGCGCAUGAACCCCAAAGCAAUCACUGCACCACAGAUGUUUGGUCGUCUUGACGCAGCCACCAACGAUUGGACGGAUGGGAUCUUCUCCACUCUUUGGAGGAGGACACUUAAAGCAAAGAAAGGGGAGUUCAUAUGGAUUGUACUGGAUGGCCCGGUGGACGCCAUAUGGAUUGAAAACCUCAACUCUGUGUUGGAUGAUAACAAAACACUGACCCUGGCUAACGGUGACCGCAUAACUAUGUCUCCAUCCUGCAAGCUGGUGUUUGAGGUGCACAACAUGGAUAAUGCUUCUCCUGCUACUGUGUCCCGUGUGGGUAUGGUCUUCAUGAGCUCCUCAGCUCUCAGCUGGCGACCCAUUCUUCAGGGAUGGGCUAACAAGCGCAGUGCUGAAGAGGCAGAAAGCAUAGUAAGUUUAUAUAUGAAGAUCUUUGAGGAUGCUUACUUACACAUGAAGCGGAACCUUAAACCAAAAAUGGAUCUCUUGGAGUGCAACUAUAUAAUGCAGUCUGUGAAUUUGCUGGAGGGCCUGCUCCCAACUAAGGACAAAGGGGGUUUGACUGGUAGCAAACACCUUGAACGCCUUUUUGUCUUUUGCCUGAUGUGGAGCCUGGGAGCCCUGUUGGAGUUAGAGGAUAGGGACAAACUGGAGGCUUACAUCCGAGCUCAUGAAAACAAAAUUGAUGUGCCUCAAACACAGCCAGGAGAGACUAUGUUUGAGUACAUGGUCAACCGAAACGGUGAAUGGUGUCAUUGGAAUAACCUGGUGGGGGAGUAUGCCUAUCCAACUGACCAUGUGCCCGACUACACCUCCAUUCUUGUGCCAAAUGUGGAUAACACAAGGACCUCUUUCCUGCUGGAGACUAUAGCCAAACAACGCAAGGCUGUACUGCUUAUUGGUGAACAAGGAACAGCCAAGACAGUAAUGAUAAAAGGCUACACCAAGAAAUAUGACCUUGAGACAGACCUGUUCAAAUCCCUGAACUUCUCCUCUGCAACAGAACCCAUUAUGUUUCAGAGAACAGUGGAAAGCUACAUUGAGAAAAGAAUUGGCAGCACAUAUGGACCUCCAGGAGGACGCAGGAUGACGAUAUUUGUAGAUGACAUAAACAUGCCUAUUGUCAACGAAUGGGGAGAUCAGAUCACCAAUGAGAUUGUACGGCAGAUGAUGGAAAUGACUGGAAUGUACAAUCUGGACAAGCCCGGAGACUUCAUCACUGUAGAAGAUGUACAGGUACUUGCUGCCAUGAUUCACCCAGGUGGUGGGAGAAAUGACAUCCCACAAAGGCUGAAAAGACAGUUUACAGUCUUCAACUGCACUCUGCCGUCCAACACAUCCAUCGAUAAGAUAUUUGGUGUAAUUGGCUGCGGAUAUUUCCAUUCCUGCAGGGAUUUUCCCCCUGAUAUAUCAGAUAUGAUAAAAUGUCUUGUGUCUACUGGGAGGAUUUUAUGGCAGCGGACAAAGGUGAAAAUGCUCCCCACACCAUGCAAGUUCCAUUACAUCUUCAAUUUGAGAGACUUGUCCAGGAUCUGGCAAGGAAUGUUAAACAUUAAGGCCAGUGAGUGUAGAGAUACCUCUACUCUCUUGGCUCUUUUCAAGUGUGAAAGUACAAGGGUGAUUGCUGACAGGUUCAUUUGCACUGAGGACAGAGAGUGGUUUGAGAAGGCCAUUACUAGUGUGUUCCAAGAGCAUGUUGACACCAGUCAAGAGGUGCACCCAGAGCCAUACUUUGUUGACUUCCUACAAGAUGCUCCUGAGCCCACUGGAGAAGAAGAAGAUGAUGCCUGUUUUGAUGCCCCCAAAAUUUAUGAAAUUGUGCCAAGUUUUGAGUUCUUAUUGGAGAAGCUAGUGAUGUAUCAGGCCCAGCACAAUGAAGUUGUUAGAGGCUCCAGCCUGGAUCUGGUUUUCUUUAAGGAUGCCAUGACUCAUCUCGUCAAGAUCUCACGAGUCAUUCGAACUGAUAACGGUAAUGCCCUGCUCGUGGGGGUGGGAGGAUCAGGAAAACAAAGCUUGACUCGCUUGGCAUCGUACAUAGCUGGAUACAACAUUUUCCAGAUAACACUGACCAGAACAUACAACAUAACUAAUUUCAUGGAUGACCUAAAGGUUUUGUACAAGACAGCUGGGGCCGAUGGAAUAGGAGUCACCUUCAUCUUUACAGAUAAUGAAAUAAAAGAUGAGGCCUUCCUGGAAUAUCUCAACAAUGUUCUUUCUUCUGGAGAGGUCUCAAACCUGUUUGCCAAAGAUGAGAUACAAGAGAUCACCCAGAACCUGAUCUCUGUGAUGAAAAAGGAGUUUCCUCGUAUUCCACCUACUUUUGACAAUCUUUAUGACUACUUCAUAUCCAGAUCCAGGAAGAACUUGCAUGUAGUUCUUUGCUUCUCACCAGUGGGGCAGAAGUUUCGAUCUAGAUCCCUGAAGUUUCCAGGUUUAAUUUCUGGGUGCACAAUGGACUGGUUCACUCCUUGGCCAAGUGAGGCCCUCGUGGCUGUAUCAAACAAUUUCUUGUCAGAUUUUCCAAUGGUGUGUUCUGCUGAUGUGAAAGUUUCUGUUGUGACGACCAUGGGGGCAUAUCAUGAAAAAGUAUCUGAUGCCUGUGAAAGCUACUUUGAAAGGUUCCGAAGAAGAACUCAUGUCACCCCAAAGUCCUACCUCUCUUUUGUAAAUGGUUACAAAACACUCUACUCUGAUAAGCACAACUUUAUUAACACACUAGCAGAGCGCAUGAAAGUUGGGUUGUCCAAACUUAUGGAGGCAAGUGAGUCUGUGGCUCAACUAUCCAAAGAUCUUGAAGUCAAGGAAAAAGAACUGGCUAUUGCAUCUGCCAAAGCUGACAAGGUGGUGGCAGAGGUGACAGUGAUUGCUGAAGCAGCUACUAUAGUAAAGAAUGAAGUCCAGAUUGUGAAGGAUAAAGCCCAGAAAAUUGUGGAUGGAAUUGAGAAAGAAAAAGCUUUUGCAGCGGAAAAACUGGAGGCUGCAAAGCCAGCUUUAGAGGAGGCUGAAUCUGCUCUUAAUACUAUCAAGCCUGCUGACAUUUCCACUGUGAAAAAAUUGGCCAAACCUCCACAUCUGAUCAUGAGAAUUAUGGAUUGCUGCCUGCUUUUAUUUCAAAGGAAGAUGGACACUGUCACUAUGGAUCCAGAACGACCUUGUGUUAAGCCUUCAUGGGGAGAUGCACAGAAGCUUUUUGGUUCUGCCGGUUUCUUGCUGUCCCUCCAGCAAUUCCCAAAAGAUAAAAUUAACGAGGAAAUAGUAGAACUGCUGAAUCCUUAUUUUGGAAUGGAAGAUUACACGAUGGAAAACGCCAAGAAAGUGUGUGGUAACGUGGCUGGUUUGCUGCAAUGGACCAAGGCCAUGGCCACAUUCUUUGGGAUCAAUAAAGAAGUUCUACCACUUAUGGCUAACCUGGCCAUUCAGGAAAGUCGGUCAAAAGUGGCAAGUAAUGAGCUUGCCAAGGCAGAGGCCCUGCUGGAUGAAAAGCAAGCUGAGUUUGACAAAGUAAAGGCCAAAUGUGAUGCUGCCAUGAAGGAGAAACAAGACUUGCUUGACGAUGCUCAAAUGUGUAAAAACAAAAUGCAGGCUGCAUCUGCACUUAUUGAUGGACUUAGUGGAGAAAAGGUUCGCUGGACAGAGCAAAGCAAAGAGUUUAAGUCACAGAUCAACAGACUUGUUGGUGAUGUUCUCCAGCUCACUGGCUUCCUAUCUUACUGUGGGCCAUUCAACCAGAACUUCCGCGACAUGUUAUUAAAGGACAUUUGGAAGGCGGAGCUUGUUAAACAUAAAAUCCCUUUUACAGGAGACCUCAACCUCAUUUCAGCCCUAGUAGAUCCUCCCACUGUAAGUGAGUGGAACCUUCAAGGACUCCCAGGAGAUGACUUGUCUGUACAGAACGGCAUCAUUGUCACAAAAGCAACAAGAUACCCCCUCCUCAUCGAUCCCCAGACUCAGGGAAAAGCUUGGAUUAAGGAGAAAGAAAAGGCUAAUGCAUUCCAAGUGACAUCACUCAACCACAAGUUCUUUCGCUCUCAUUUGGAAGACUGUCUUUCUAUGGGACGCCCACUUCUUAUUGAAAAUGUUGCUGAAGAGCUGGACCCCGCCCUUGACAAUGUCCUUGAGAAAAACUUUAUUAAAUCUGGGACCAGUUUUAAGGUUAAAGUUGGGGACAAAGAAGUUAAUGUGAUGGAUGGCUUCCAGCUCUAUAUAACCACCAAACUGCCUAAUCCUGCGUACUCUCCAGAAGUCAGUGCCAAGACAUCAAUUAUUGAUUUCACUGUAAACAUGAAGGGCCUGGAGAACCAGCUACUUAAUCGUGUCAUCCUUAAAGAGAAACAUGAACUAGAGGCAGAAAGAUUGAAUCUCAUUGAGGAUGUAACUGCAAAUAAGAGAAAGAUGCAGGAGUUGGAAGACAACUUGCUGUACAAACUUAGCAGCACAAAAGGUUCCUUGGUUGAUGACGACUCCAUGAUCAGCAUUCUAAGUGUAACCAAGCAAACCGCUGCUGAAGUUAGUGCCAAGCUUGAGAUUGCAGCAGAAGCAGAGUUAAAGAUCAAUAUUGCUCAAGCUGAAUAUCGUCCUGUUGCCUCUCGAGGCAGCAUCCUUUACUUCCUGAUCACAGAAAUGAGCCUGGUCAAUGUCAUGUACCAGACCUCUCUGGGUCAGUUCCUGAAAAUGUUUGACAUCUCACUAGAAAGGUCUGAGAAGUCCAUUAAAACCAAGAAGCGGAUUGCAAACAUCAUUGAAUAUCUGACCUUUGAAGUGUUCAGAUACACCUUGAGAGGACUAUACGAAAACCACAAGUUCAUCUUCACGCUCUUGCUUGCCCUAAAGAUUGACUUACAGAAUAACAAAAUAGAGCAUAACAAAUUUCAGAUUCUUAUGAAAGGUGGCGCAGCGCUUGACCUGAAGACCUGUCCCUCCAAGCCAUUCAGCUGGAUUCUGGAUAUGGUAUGGUUAAAUUUGGUGGAACUCAGCAAAUUGCCAGAGUUCAUAAACGUCAUAAACCAGGUUUCUCAAAAUGGGAAAGCAUGGAAAGCAUGGGUUAAUCUGGAUGCUCCAGAGGAAGGCGUCAUCCCCGAUGGAUACAACUCUCUAGAUGUGUUUGAAAAACUUUUGCUUAUAAGGUCUUGGUGCCCUGAUCGUACUUUGGCUCAGGCCACAAAAUAUGUAGGAUACUCCUUGGGAUUGAGGUUUGCUGAGCCGGUGCUCUUGAACCUUCACAGCACAUGGGAGGAGAGUGAUCCUCGCACUCCUCUGAUUUGCUUCCUUUCUAUGGGCUCAGAUCCAACUGAACAAAUUGAAGCACUUGCUAAGAAACUUGUGCUUGAAUGCAGAGCUAUAUCCAUGGGGCAAGGGCAAGAGGUGCAUGCAAGGAAACUGGUUCAGACGUCCAUGACAGAGGGAGGCUGGGUCCUUCUGCAAAAUUGUCACCUGGGUUUGGAGUUUAUGGAUGAGUUGCUAGACACCAUCACAACUACAGAAUCAAUGCACAAUGCUUUUAGGGUGUGGAUCACCACAGAACCACACGAUCGAUUCUCCAUCACGCUCCUACAGUCUUCUAUCAAGUUUACCAACGAUCCACCCCAGGGAAUUCGGGCUGGCCUUAAACGAACGUUUGCAGCAAUAUCACAGAACCAAUUGGAAGUCAGUAACCUCCCUAUGUGGAAGCCUUUGCUGUACAGUGUGGCUUUCCUCCACACUGCUGUGCAGGAGCGACGUAAAUUUGGACCAUUGGGUUGGAACAUCCCAUAUGAGUUCAACUCUGCUGACUUCACCGCAAGUGUUGAAUUUGUUGAGAGACAUUUGGAUGAUUGCGGCCCAAGAAAGGAUGUGUCAUGGGUCACUGUGCGAUACAUGCUAGCCGAGGUGCAAUAUGGAGGAAGGGUUACAGAUGACUAUGACAAACGGCUGCUCAAGUGUUUUGCACGCGUGUGGUUCAGUAAAAAGAUGUUUGACAAUCUGUUUUGCUUCUACACUGGCUAUAAAAUUCCAGUGUGCAAAACAGUAGAGAAGUACAUGGAAUACAUUGAGAGCCUGCCCACUGCUGAUUCCCCUCAAGCAUUGGGGCUGCAUCCUAAUGCGGAUAUCACGUAUCAGACAAACACAUCUGCUGAAGUGCUAGAAACAGUCACAAAUAUCCAGCCAAAGGAAAGUGGAGGUGGAUCAGGAGCGACUCGUGAGUCAAUUGUUUACGACUUGGCUGAAGACAUGUUGGAGAAACUGCCCCCUAAUUAUGUGCCACAUGAGGUCAAAGCCAGACUGGAGAAGAUGGGAGCGCUGAACUCAAUGAACAUCUUCUUACGUCAGGAGGUGGAUAGAAUGCAAAGAAUCAUCAGUCUGCUGCGCACUAGUUUGACUGACCUGAAGCUGGCCAUUGAUGGAACUAUUAUAAUGAGCGAGAACCUCCGUGAUGCCCUUGACAAUAUUUUUGAUGCUCGUGUGCCAAACUUGUGGAGGAAAAUCUCCUGGGAAUCAUCUACACUGGGCUUUUGGUACACUGAGCUUAUUGAGAGAAACAAACAGUUCAACUGUUGGGUGUUUAAAGGAAGGCCAAAAACAUUCUGGAUGACAGGAUUCUUCAACCCUCAAGGUUUUCUUACCGCUAUGAGACAAGAAGUAACAAGGGCAAACAAAGGCUGGGCUCUGGACACAGUCACCUUGACCAACAAUGUACUAAAGCAAGCAAAGGAGGAGAUCACAGCCUCACCCACAGAGGGAGUUUAUGUGUACGGUCUGUACCUGGAUGGUGCUGGCUGGGACAGGAAGAACACCACACUGAUUGAGUCCUCACCCAAAGUGCUUUUCACACCUUUGCCUGUCAUCCACAUGUUUGCUGUUAACUCCACUGCCCCACCGGAUCCCAAGCUUUAUGUCUGCCCUAUCUACAAGAAACCAAGGCGCACAGACCUGAAUUACAUCACAGCAGUAGUGUUGCCUACAGUCCAGUCACCAGACCACUGGAUCAUGCGCGGGGUUGCCUUGCUUUGUGAUGUCAAAUAA